GACCGGAAAACUCCUGCGCCGCGUCUCCCGUUUCCAAGACGACGACCCGGCUUGGUGACUAGACUUAGUGCGGGCUUUAGCUCUCCAACGGUGCCGGGCGGGGCCCAGGGCAGGAGCCGAGCCCCGAAGGGACGGACGGCACAGCGGAAGGCGGAGACAUUAGACGCGAGAACAAGGGGCAGACGGCAGGCAUUUGUUCACAAAGCGACUUAAAUGGGAGAACUCGCACUGAGAGAAGGUCCAGGAUAGACUGGAAGGUUCCUCGCAGCCCCCUUGGCGGUAGCAGCCCACCAGGAGCCACGUGGGAAUGAGUGGAAAAACGGGGGCCUCCAGAGGCCUCUUGCUGUGAAGCGAGAAAUGAUAAGUAGGAGCGAGUCAGACAAGGCUGGGCAGAACCAAGAGAACGAGACGCACAGGAUGAUGGCGAGCAAAGUGAAAUGGGUGACAGACAUUGAGAAGUCGGUGCUCAUCAAUAACUUUGAGAAGAGGGGCUGGGUGCAAGUGACGGAGAACGAAGACUGGAACUUUUACUGGUGGAGUUUCCAGGCCAUGUCGCCCACAUCAUCCCAGGGAUUAUCCAAGGUUGUCCCGGGGGGAACCGAGCUAGAAAAUGCUGGCAUCAGGAGGCCCCCAGAGUGCCUGGAAGUGGGGGCGAUGGAGGCCUGGGGAGCGCGGCCCCACAAUUCUCCCGGUCCCUGGGUGCGGGCCAACUGCUGGCAGCUUGUGGAGUCCCCGGGCUGGGGGUUGGCAGAUGGACAAGGUCCCCGGUGGCCCCCCUGGCUUCCCAGUUCUUGUCUUGUAUUCCCCCUCACCUGCCCCGUUUCCCCCUCCCUGGCCCUCUUGUCCCUCCUGGACUGCUACCAUCAUCCCCUCUCUAGGUCCUUGGAUUCUCUCCCAGAUAGCACAGCGCCUUUAGGAGCCAUGUUCUCCCCCCCGCCCCCCAGCAUAUCAGUCCCUGGUGGUCGUCGAGCCUCCCCGGGCUGUUGCCUCCCAGAGCUAGGACCAGGAGCUGCCCCCAGCUCAGGCUGCCCUCCCACCCCGCCCCCUUCUCCCUCCACCUGGAGCCCAGAGCCUGUACCUGGGGAGCCAUCGAGCUCUCCGCAGGAGGCUAACUUCGUGCCCGUCACCUUCAUGCUGCCCGCGGACUAUAACCUGUUUGUGGAGGAGUUCCGCAAAAGCCCCUCGAGCACGUGGAUCAUGAAGCCUUGUGGGAAGGCCCAGGGAAAGGGCAUCUUCCUCAUCAAUAAACUCUCACAGAUCAAGAAGUGGUCGCGGGACAGCAAAACAUCCUCGUUUGUGUCCCAGUCGUCCAAGGAGGCGUACGUCAUCUCUCUGUACAUCAGCAACCCGCUGCUCAUCGGGGGGAGGAAGUUUGACCUGCGCUUGUACGUGCUCGUGUCGACGUACCGGCCCCUCCGCUGCUACGUCUACAAGCUGGGCUUCUGUCGCUUCUGCACCGUGAAGUACACCCCGAGCACCAGCGAGCUGGACAAUAUGUUUGUGCACCUGACCAACGUCGCCAUCCAGAAACACGGGGUGAGUCCCGGAGGCCCCGACCUGCCUCCCCCCGCCCAGGCUUCCCACCUCCUCUGCCCUUUGGCUCCUCCUGCGGCCUCUUGGCCCAGAAGAGACCGAAGAUUUCGUGACAUCAAGCUUGUUGGCUUGGCCCAUACCCCUGGAUCUGUUUCCUUUGCAGCUAUCACCUUGCCCCGGGAGGUUGUGGGAGCAGCUUUAGCUCAUCCUUGCCUGCAUCGCCUUCGCCGUCCUGUGAUGAACAAUGACAAGCACUGCUUUGAAUGUUAUGGCUACGACAUCAUCAUUGAUGACAAGCUGAAACCCUGGCUGAUCGAGGUAACUGGCUGCUGGCUUCCCCCUCCUGCUGCUUUUCAGAGAGCUCCCACUAUGGGCACAGGGUGGGUAAGGUGGGCACAGGAGCGGGCACGGAGGGCUCCACAGCAUCCUUCUGUAUAAAGAGAUAGCUGUGGA